GCCCCACCCGGACCUCGUGGGGUUCCUCUUUUAGGAUACCUUCCAUUUUUCGGCGAUAGUCCACAUCUAACUUUUAUGAAACUUCGUGAGAAAUAUGGGAAUAUAUUUAGUAUCCAGAUGGGAAGUCUUCCCGCAGUUGUUAUCCAUGGAAAGGAUCUGAUAAAAGAAGCAUUAGUUAACCGCGGGGAUGAUUUUUCUGGACGUCCACAAUUUUUUUCUAAUACACUUAUAGGGAAUGAUACUUUAACAUUUGGCAAUUUCAGUGAGAUAACUAUUUUACACAAGCAUUUGGCUUCAAGUGUUCUGUUUAAGUUUGCCAAUGCCAGAAAGAAUCCGAUUGAAGAAAUUGUCAACUUUGAAGCUAGAAUGGCAGCGUCUGAACUGGUAGCUAUGAAAGGUACACCGAUAAACCCAAAAGAAGCAAUUUAUACCAGUGUUGGUAGUAUCAUAUUUCAGGUUUGUUUUGGUAAGGAUAGAAAUAUUCGAGAGGAGGAUUUACACUUUAAGGAGUUUAUCAUGAACUCAGAGGAAUUUAGUAAAUUUGUAGGAUCCGGUAAUCCUGUGGAUGUGAUGCCCUAUUUGAGGUUUGUGAUGCCGUGGAAGGUGACAAAAUUUAUUGACCUUGUAACAAGAUUUGACAACAUGGUCAAUAUCAAAAUCGAGGAAAAUAAGAAGGUGUACACUCCUGGAGAAUUGCGUCAUCUAACCGACGGAUUAAUUGCUGCUCUUAAAGAAGAACAAGACAAGCCAGAUUCAAAGUUUACAGAGAAAAGGAUUUUUUCCACUGUAGUUGAUAUUCUUGGAGCAGGGUUCGAGACUGUAUCCACAACAUUAUUGUGGGCUAUCUUGUGUUUGACAAAAUAUCCACAGGUACAAGAGAGGGUCCAACAAGAAAUCGAUGACGUUUUGGGGAAGAGACAACCAAUGCUUCAAGAUAAACAGAACAUGGAUUACUGUAUGGCCACUAUCAAUGAAAUCAUGAGGUAUACCUGUCUUGCCCCUCUUGUCAUACCACAUACAGCUACCAAAGACACAGAACUCUGUGGAUAUUCUAUAAAGAAGGACACUAUUGUUAUCCCAAACUUAUAUUCUAUUAGUCACGACAAGGAAACCUGGGGCGACCCAGACAAGUUUCGACCAGAGCGAUAUUUGGACUCAAAAGGCCAACUAGACAAAACCAUCACGGAAAAAUUCAACGUUUUUUCAAUGGGACGAAGAAAAUGUUUGGGAGAAUUUCUGGCUCGCACUGAAAUAUUUCUUUUCUUUACUGGUAUUUUUCAGCUGUGUAAGUUCUCC